UCGGUCUUUGCUCCAGCCCCCUCCUUUCACAUUUCACAGAACUUCUCAUCUUACGCCGCCCAACCCACAAGCCCUCUGUCAUUGCCGGCCUAGUGUCUACCUUUCUCUCACUCUCGCUUCUACACGGAAUCUAGAACCCUCAAGCUUGCCGCUGAUCGCAACCGCCCAAAUCCCAGCUGGUGCUCCUCAACCUCGCCGCUUCUCACAGAGCUAGAUUCUUAUCCACGACAAAGAAGCUACCAUGCCUACUGUGAAUGUGGUGAGAGAUCGUCUUUUCGCGGCUCUAGGAAGAACUUACACUCAGGAGGAGUUCGAGGAUCUUUGCUUCAGUUUUGGUAUUGAGCUUGAUGAUGUGACAACCGAUGAAGCCAUUAGUAGAAAAGAGAGGCAUGAAGAAGAAAAAGCAAAUGAGAACGAAGAAAUUAUUUAUAAAAUCGAAGUUCCUGCUAACAGAUAUGAUUUGCUUUGCCUUGAGGGGCUAGCUCAAGCCCUCCGCAUCUUUAACAAGCAGGAUAAGACACCAACUUAUACUGUUGCCAACAUUAGCAAGGAAUCAAUGCAUAAGAUGCAAGUAAAGCCAGAGACAUCAUCCAUUCGUCCCUACAUUGUUUGUGCUGUUUUAAGAGAUAUUACAUUUGAUGAAGCAAGUUACAACAGCUUCAUUGAUCUCCAAGAUAAGCUUCAUCAAAACAUUUGCAGGCGAAGAACAUUAGUUGCAAUUGGGACUCAUGACUUGGAUACAUUACAAGGUCCUUUCACUUAUGAGGCUUUGCCUCCUCAAGACAUAAAUUUUAUUCCACUAAAACAGGUCAAAAAAUACAGAGCUGAUGAGCUGAUGGAGUUUUACCGGGAGCAUGAUUUGAAGCUGAAGAAAUUUUUGCAUAUAAUUGAGAACUCACCAGUGUUCCCUGUCUUAUAUGACAGUAACAGAACUGUCUUAUCUCUGCCGCCAAUUAUUAAUGGUGCACAUUCAGCUAUCACUUUGAAGACAAAGAAUGUUUUCAUUGAAUGUACAGCCACUGACCUGACAAAGGCUAAGAUUGUUUUGAACACAAUGGUAACAACUUUUUCAGCAUAUUGUAAAAGAAAAUUUGAGGUGGAACCAGUUGAAGUGAUAUAUUCUGAUGGAAAGGCAUAUGUCUAUCCUGACUUAUCUUCCUAUAAUAUGGAAGUUCCUCUAUCAUAUAUUACUGGCUCAAUUGGAGUUUCUUUUAAGGCAGAAGAGGUCACAAGUCUGUUAAAUCGGAUGCAAUUGCAAGCUGAGCAGUCUGUAUCUGGUGCUGAUCAAUGUAAUAUCAAUGUAUCUAUACCUCCAAGCAGAAGCGAUGUUCUUCACCCAUGUGAUGUUAUGGAGGAUGUUGCAAUUGCUUAUGGGUAUAAUAAUAUUCCAAAGAGAAAGCUACCAUCAUUGAAGCCAUUAGCAUUGAAUCAGCUUGAGGAUCUAAUUAGAGUGGAGGUUGCAAUGAACGGGUUUACAGAGGUUUUGACAUGGAUUUUAUGCUCUUAUCGGGAGAAUUUUUCCAUGUUAAAUAAAAAAGAUGAUGGAUCAACUGCUGUGAUUGUUGGAAAUCCUCGUUCAUCUGACUUCGAGGCUGUCCGAACCAGCCUUAUGCCUGGUGCUUUGAAAAUAGUUGGACAUAAUAAGGAUCAUCCAAAGCCAAUAAAGAUUUUUGAAGUGGGUGAUGUAGUACAUCUGGAUGAGAGUAAAGAUGUUGGUGCAGCAAAUCGUCGCCUACUUGCAGCUCUAUAUUGUGGCACUAACUCCGGAUUUGAGUUGAUUCAUUCCUUGGUCGACAGAGUCAUGGAAGUGAUGGGGACUCCUUUUGUACCAGUUGGUGACAAUACGGGGUAUUACAUUCAGUGUUCUGAUGCACCUGAGUUUCUUCAGGGUAGACAAGCAAGUAUCAUUUACAAGGGCAAGUGCAUUGGCAUUUUUGGUAUUGUGCACCCUGAGGUUUUGAACAACUUUGAUGUUCCUGAUCCAUGCUCCUUCUUGGAACUGGACAUUGAGUCUUUCUUAUAGGGUCUAUGACCACAAAUGUAUAUCGGCCUGCUCGCGUACAUGUUUACUUAGAUAAGUGAUUUUUGCGGUCCAAAAUCUGCGAGAGAAUUCAUUGGCCAGCUUAGGCAAAAUACUGUUUCUUUCAUAACGUUAUCCUAUGGAAAUUGCACUUUCUUUUGUGUGAUGUUCUAGCAAUGUAACAUGUAUCCCGAGUACUGUAAAUGAUAAGCUAUUUCGUAGUUCGGCUUCUCAAAAAUCUCUUGGAGGCUUAAUAACAAUUAGAAAAAUCCUAAACUGUUACUCCUCUUUCUAUUAGACAUAACUGGGCUUUCUGUAA